GAAUGAGAAGAAUUUUAAAUAACGAAUUACUAAAAAUACACUUAAUAGCCAUUAGGUUGAUAUUUUUUCCAUUAAAUUAAGAGGGAAAAACGUUCCGAGCGUCACAACCACAGAGAGCUCUACGCAGCCUGCUCUAUGGAAUAAAAAACAUAGACAUUUGUUUAAUAAUGUCAAUGUCAAAAAUGCUAGCAGAUUUCUGACAGUUCAAUCUUAAUCUCGAUUCUUGAAGAAUCUGGAAAAAUAACCUACUCCUUUGCCGAAUUAAAUAAAAUUUAAAUGGAAUACGGUAUAUUAAACGAUUAGAUCUAUAAUAGGAAUAUAAAAAUGCAUACUGCCAGUAGUUUGUUGCGGAACAGUUUUCUAAACCCGAAGUUGAAGUCGUCUGUGGUUCGUAGUGUUACAAAAGUUGCAUCACACAGUAAACCGGUGCAAAGGUUGUGUUAUUCUGGGGUGGCUGGUGCUAGGGGUGCGCGGAUAUGUAGUUAUAACAGUACUUAUUUGAGCCCAAGUAAACAAGUGGGAUUUGGGAGGUACUUUUCGACCAAUAAGAAUGACCCCCCCGAGGAGGAUCCUGAGCCAAAAGAUGAGACGCCGUUGUUCAGCAGUCAGCUCCCAGCGACGGUGGCCGUGCCUGAAGUGUGGCCACAAGUGCCCGUCAUCGCCAUCAACAGGAAUCCUGUCUUCCCGCGUUUUAUUAAACUUAUUGAGAUAUCAAACCCAGCUUUAAUAGACUUAAUAAGACGUAAAGUUAAACUGAACCAGCCUUAUGUUGGUAUAUUUUUGCGUAAAAAAGAAGAUGAGAAGUCGGAUGUUGUGUCUAACUUGGAUGACUUGCAUCAAGUGGGUGUGUUCGCCCAGAUCCAUGAGAUGCAAGAUAUGGACUAUAAACUAAGACUAGUAGUGAUGGCUCACAGACGUAUUAAGAUUACGGGACAGUUUAUCGAAGAUGAGAUCGAAAGUGGGCCUGCUGAAAUGAAGCUGAAGUUUCCGCUAUUUAACGUGGAGCUUAACGUUGCCCGCGAAGAGUCUGAUGCGGAGCGGCGUCGGCGCAAGUAUCGCAAUACGAGGAAACAAGUCUCCAAGGAGCCUGUAGCUGAAGACACUGCAAAAGAACCGAAAGAAACGAAGAAGCCUGCUCCGGAUCAAGUUAUGAUGGUCAAAGUAGAGAAUUUGAUGCAUGAGAAGUUCCAGCAGACUGAGGAGGUGAAAGCAUUGACACAGGAAGUCAUAAAGACCAUUAGGGAUAUCAUCAAUUUGAAUCCUUUGUACAGGGAAUCCUUACACCACAUGUUAGCACAAGGUCAGCGUGUGGUGGACAACCCAGUGUACCUGUCAGACCUGGGCGCUGCCCUCACUGGUGCUGAGCCUGCAGAGCUACAGGCUGUUUUAGAAGAAAUGGAUAUACCAAAGAGGUUGAUGAUGUCCCUCUCGCUGCUCAAAAAGGAGUUUGAACUAUCGAAGUUGCAGCAAAAGAUCGGCAAAGAGGUCGAGGAGAAAGUUAAACAACAGCAUCGAAAGUAUAUCUUACAUGAACAGCUUAAGGUAAUAAAAAAAGAGCUAGGCCUAGAAAAAGAUGACAAAGAUGCCAUAGGAGACAAGUUCAAGGAGCGGUUGGCUGACAAGAAAGUACCGCAGGCAGUACAGACAGUCAUUGAUGAAGAGCUUAACAAACUCAACUUCUUGGAAAGCCAUAGUUCCGAGUUCAAUGUAACCCGCUGUUACUUGGACUGGCUGACCUCCCUACCCUGGGGAAUGACCUCGGAAGAGAAUCUCAAACUAAAAGAUGCUCAAGUGAUACUCGACGAAGACCAUUACGGCAUGGAAGAUAUAAAGAAACGGAUAUUGGAGUUCAUAGCCGUGUCGCAAUUGAAGGGGUCUACCCAGGGCAAGAUAUUGUGUUUCCACGGACCUCCCGGUGUUGGUAAAACUAGUAUAGCUCGUUCGAUCGCCCGGGCUCUCAACCGACAGUACUUCAGAUUCUCAGUGGGAGGUAUGACGGACGUAGCGGAGAUCAAAGGCCACAGACGGACGUACGUGGGAGCUAUGCCCGGUAAACUGGUGCAGUGCUUGAAGAAGACGGGAACUGAGAACCCAUUGGUGCUUAUUGAUGAGGUGGACAAAAUUGGCAAGGGUGUUCACGGCGAUCCAUCAUCGGCCCUUCUAGAACUCCUGGAUCCGGAACAAAACGCGAACUUCCUGGACCAUUACCUGGAUGUGCCGGUGGACUUGUCCAAGGUGCUCUUUAUCUGCACCGCCAACGUGGUCGAACAUAUUCCAGAACCACUCAGGGAUAGGAUGGAACUUAUUGAUAUGUCUGGUUACGUAGCGGAGGAGAAGCUGGCAAUAGCCCAGCAGUACUUGGUCCCGACAGCUCGCAAGAACUGCGGCCUCAGCGACACCCAGCUCGAACUCACGGCAGAGUCACUGCACGCUCUCAUACGCUCCUACUGCCGGGAGAGCGGAGUCAGGAACCUGCAGAAACAUAUUGAGAAGAUAGCCCGAAAAGUAGCAUACAAGAUAGUGAAAGAAGAGACACAAUCUCUCAAAGUGACGGAGGAGAAUCUACCAGAGCUAGUCGGCAAGCCUACCUUCAAACACGAUCGCAUGUACGACAUUACACCGCCCGGUGUUGUUAUGGGACUCGCCUGGACUGCCAUGGGUGGCAGCACAUUGUUCAUAGAGACCGCGCUCCGCAAUACUGCGACGGAUGACAAGUCUCCCUUCGGCUCCAUGGAGCUCACCGGACACCUCGGUGACGUGAUGAAGGAAUCUGCCAGGAUCGCACUCACUGUCGCCAGGAAUUACAUGGCUACUUAUUAUCCGGAGAACAAGUUUUUGAAUACUAGUCACAUCCACCUGCACGUACCGGAGGGCGCGACCCCGAAGGACGGUCCCUCGGCGGGCGCCACCAUCGCGACGGCGCUGACCUCGCUCGCGCUGCGUCGCGCCGUACGACCCGACCUCGCCAUGACGGGGGAGAUCUCACUCACUGGCAGAGUUCUACCCGUCGGAGGCAUCAAAGAGAAGAUUAUUGCGGCUAAGCGCGCAGGUGUCAGUUGUGUCAUCCUUCCCGAGGAGAACAGACGUGACUUCGACGACCUGCCGAGCUUCAUACGCGAAAAGGUCGACAUACACUUUGUCAACGAUUUUGAUGAAGUCCUCAAGAUCGCCUUCGAUCAACAACAACAGGUUCAAUCAUAGACUGUAGCCUUACUACUUAAGGUUUAGUUUAGUUUGCCAGUAGAAAUCUUCUUGUAAUAAGUCCAAGUAGGCUUUAAUAGAUAUUGGAUUAUUAUGAAAUUGGUGGAAAUAUUUUUUAAAUAUGGAAUUGGGCAUGAGAAAAUAUGAAUAUGUAUAUAAUAUGUUUCAUAGUUAUUUGUAAGAGAAAAUGUUUAUGACAUGAGAGGCAGCAUUUUAUAUUUUACGCCUAUAUUUCUCAGUAACCAUUUCCGUCAAUCCUCAAUCCUCAAAUUUUAUUAAAUAACCGUUAUUGAAAUUACAAAAACAACUUUCAGUAUUACGGACCAAAAACAACACAAAAAACUGAAGAAGUACUUUUAGUAUAAAAAUACGGUUGUAAAACAUCAUUAAUAAAAUCCAGGGUCGGAUAAUAAUCCAGAAAUAACUUUUGCAUAAAUCAAAAAUAGUUGGAUGUUUCACAGUCCGGCCGUCAUUGUAUAACAUCACAAAAUCUAAUCCACAUCCAUUGUUUACAUAUCCAAUUUCAUUAUAAGUCUAUGCAUUUGUUUACUAUAAGUACCUAUGUAUGAUGUAUGUAGAUAUUGCUAUGUAGAUUGAGUGUAUGAAACUGCUUGUUGAUCAGUAGAUAUUAUAUUAUAUUGUUGAAUGGAAUUAAAUAUUUUCUUUUUUUU